UACGUCAUCAUCCCAUCGGUAAUUGACUGUAGAAAUCGGUAGAAGUUGUAUCUACCUGAGAUAUAUCUGGCUGUCACAGUGAAAUGCAAAUGAAAAAUUCCUAGUACGACAAUGUUGCAGCCUGAGUUAAUACAACAUUUAAAAUGUGGCCAUAUUAUUAGCAUAGAAACGAUUCCAACGUUGCCGGUAGAUUCUAAAUCGUGGCAGUGUAGAAGGUUGGAGCAGCCAAGUGGAGAUAGUGGUACAGAAGAAGCACUUUCACCAUUUACUUUCGCUCCUCAUGGGAUUCAUCUCAGCCAGGAACAUGAAAUAUUUGAGGAUGGAGAUAUCCACAGACAUCUGUAUCUGCAGGAUCUUAGCAGCAGCACUGCAGACGCAGACAACUCGCCGAAGCUCAGCGUGUCUGCGUUUGGCUGCCACAUCUCAGGAUGCAACCAGGUGUUCAGCAGUGUUGAGGAGUACGAGCACCACUACAACUCCCUCCACAGGCACGUGUGUUGCUCCUGCCAGCGCUCCCUGCCUUCCGCCCGCCUCCUGGACAUCCACAUACAGGAGUGGCAUGACCCGCUCUUCACCAUCCUCACCCAGAAACAGGACAUGUUCCAGUGUUUAGUGGAGGGAUGUGAACUAAAGUUCAAGACUGGUAUACAGAGAAAAGACCAUCUGAUAAGGAUCCACAAGUAUCCUCCAGACUUCAGGUUUGACAAGGCCAAAAAGAACAGAAGAACCAAACACAUGAAGAUCCAGCAGCCUACAGACAGAACUAUGGAGGUAUCUGACGGUGUAUGUGUGGUGGAGAGUGCAUGUGAAGGUGCGUGCAACAUGGCCUCCAUCCACCCAGAGGAGGGGGAGUCCAUGGAGGUCCCUCUCCCCCCGGAGGAGGCAAUUUGUCUGGUCACUGGAGCUACUUCUGGCCCCUCAGAGAUGAACACAGAGCAUCCUGCUGGUCCUCCCACCGUCCCACACGCCACGGAUCAGCAGAAACCACGGUACUCCUACAGGGUUCCUUCAUCUGUGUGCUUCGGCAAGGGCUCUGUCCGUGGGUUUAGGGGUCAGGGAAGGAAGAAGUGACAAACCGGACCCGAGCUGGAAAAAGAGUGUAUGUGAUGAAGAAGCACUGAAGGCCUACUGUAUGCAACUCUCAGUUCCAAAAAGUAAUACUGAGUAAACAAACUUCUAGUCUCCUUGCUGUUUUAUAGUUUAUGUGAUGAAGAAGCACUGAAGAUGACAUCAAAAGAACAUUCAAAAGAACCAGGACAUUUAGCUUAUUCUGGAAAUAUUUAUUCUACCCCAGUACAAAUGUGUGGAAUAAUUCAAACUCUUUAGUAAUGUCGACUCAAUCUGAUCGUCUAUCUCAAUGAGACUAGCCUGUAUAAACUAAAUUGAAU